ACCUCAUUUACCUGUUGACUCCAAUUGAGAUCUGUUCUAAAAAUAGCCACCACUGUUUAGUUGGUCUGUGCACUAUGCUAUGGUAGACAUAUGGAAUGAUCUAGUGUGGAGAGUGCACAGUGUUGUAGCCUAUGAGCGACGUAGAGGACACCGGAAAGGACAACCGCAGGAUCUUGCGAUCAGCUAGAGGCCCGACAGCUCACGUGUCCCUUGGACCGGGAGGUGAUAGGGAACUGUUCCGCCGGCAGAGGGACAGGCAGCAGCAGAGGAGAGCUAGAGCAGCCGAGACCAGCGGGGCACUUGCUAGCGAGGCUAGUGCUAUAGCAGCCAUGGCUACCACAGCCAUGAGCACGUCUGCGCAGCAAACUUCUUCAGCCGGUAGUUCAGGUGCCACUGGGUCAACGGUCGUGCAGAUUGUGAGUCAGUCCACUGGCUUAAUGGUAAGCCAGCCCGCGGUGUUGUCCCCAGAGGAUGUCGCCAUCCAGCAGGCAUCCCUGCAAGAGGCACAGCUACAGCAGGCAUUAGGAAAGAUAAAAAGAGAGAAAGAUAUGAUGAUUAGAAGAAGAGCCAGGAUGCAACAGAGAGGGACAGACAUAGAGGAGUUAGAGAWGAUGGAUCUGACGCAUAUGGAUGAGGAUGUGAAGGUAGUUAGGAGGGCCCUGCUAGGCGUAAUAGAAAUGCAGGAGCAUCAAACUACCAUCCUUCAGGACAUUCAGCAAAGCCUAGCCGUGUUGGCGGGCCGCGCUCAGGCAGCACCAUCACCAGCAGGGCUUGGUGCCUGGCCCGUGCCAUAUCCUUCUCUUUCUGUUCCACCGGUGACUGGGGUAUCCCCAUAUGUAGCCCCUUCAACGGUAGCCAUUGUUUCCCUGGGAAUGCCUCUGUCAAGAGGAGUAACAGCAGGUAGUAGUUUGCAGGUUCCUGUACAGUYAGUGUUCACUCAAAGUCCGUCUCAGGUUGCUGUCACCAUGCAGCCUGUUGUCUCGCAAUCUGUGCUGCCACAGGGCACACAGCUCCAGCAGCCAGCACAGCAACCUGUGUCACCGGGUCCACAGGCCGGAGUGGUGCAGGUGCCGGGACAAAGUCAGUGGGUUCCAAAGACGGCCAUCGCCGCKYCSAAACCCUUUUCAGGGGACAAGAGGGGAGAAGACCUCGACACUUGGUUGAGGGCGGUGCCGGUCUAUGUCCGGUGCAAACUUACCUUACCACACGAAGAAGUGUUUGUGGCUGCCUCCUACCUAGAAGGUAGUGCAACAAGAUGGUUGAGCGGUUUAGUGCAGCUUCAAGGAUUCGGUCAUGACUUCCGCUCUUGGGCAGCCUCCCAGAAACUGGAAGACUUCCUAAAGAUGGUGGAAGAAAGGUGGCAUGAUCCUCAGGAGGCUCAAAGAGCCACUGAUGCGAUCCUGACWSUGCAUACAAGGCAGUUCAARUCAGUAAGGGAGUCCACCGACGCUGUAGAGCGUUUGAUCUGUGUUCCAGGGGUACGCUAUGACCCGCAGGACCCAUUCAUGUCUGAGAUCAUCCGCAGGCUUGAGGCGAAGGACAAACGCACUUCGGCCGAGUUUGAGAUGGCCAACGGAUUGCUUUUCCUCGAGAAGGCAGGGAAUAAGAGGCUGUGUGUUCCAUGUAGUAAGUCUUUGCGUAGUUUGUUUCUAGGAGAAUGUCAUGAUGCCACCGGACAUUUUGGGUUUAAGAAAACCGUAGCAAAUCUGCUGCAACGGUUCUGGUGGCCCUCCAUGAUGAGAGAUGCACAGCUGUACGUGGAGACUUGUCAAGUUUGUCAGAGAGACAAGCCCCGUACUCAGGCACCUCUUGGGCUCCUGAAGCCCCUUCCGAUUCCGGAAAGGCCUGGUGAGAGUUUGUCCAUGGAUUUCAUGGAUACGCUAGUUACCAGCAAGAGUGGUAUGAGACAAAUCUUUGUCAUCGUGGAUAGAUUUAGUAAGUAUGCUAGAUUAGUAGCAAUGCCAGAGACAGCCAAAACGGAGUACGUUAUCAGGUUGUUCAAAGAGAACUGGGUGAGAGAUUUUGGAUUGCCCAAGUCUAUCGUAAGUGACAGAGAUGUCAGAUUUACAAGUGAACUAUGGAAGGCCGCUGCAGCUGAACAGGGAACUCGACUGCAAAUGACUUUUGGAAGCCAUCCAGAAGCGAACGGCCAGGCCGAACAGAUGAACCGCGCUGUUCAACACCUGUUGAGGCAUUACAUUAAGCCCAACCAGGUGGACUGGGACGAGAAACUGGCUCUUGUCGCCAGUCUGUACAAUAACGUUGUACACAGCGCCACCGGGGUAAGUACUAACAGUCUACAUCUUGCCUUUAGGCCUAGACUGCCUUUAGAUUUCCUACUUCCUGAUAACCAGCCAACUGUGACACCGGGUACUUUGGAGUUCGCGUAUCGUUAUGAACAGAAGAUGCAGGAGGCUGUAGAAAAUAUGCAGAAGGCGCAGGCAGCGAUGAUAGAAUCUGAGAAUAAACACCGCCGCCCAUCUACAUUUCAGGUUGGGGACAGAGUCUGGGUUAAGUCCUCAGAACUGGGACAGGAGUUCGAGAUAUCCCGCAAACUCAUGCCUCAGUACUUUGGACCUUGGGAAGUUCUAGAUGUAGUAGGGACAGAUCCUGAUGGUCCAUCUUAUGUCAUCCGUAUCCCUGGUCAUCUCAGAACUCACCCUGUCUUUCACGCCUCAAAGCUCGCCACGUUCGAGGAAACUGAUCAGUUUCCCUCCCGUCGGUCAAUGCUGCCCCCAACCAUGGAUGGAGAAGUCGACAUCGAUAAUAUCGUCGACCACAGAGAGAUACCUGUUCAGAAGCCUCCAGGAAGAGGACGUCCUCCCAAGCCAAAGCUGCAGUUUCGUGUUCACUUCAGACAUCAUACAGAUCCGAAGGAGAACCGCUGGUUUACUCGGGAGGAACUGAUGCAGACCGCCCCUCAGAUCGUUGCCCGCUAUGAGAGGGAUGUUUUGAAAGGAAAGCGCCAGCUGGCGGCAAACUGAUCUUCUCAGAGGACUAACGAAGAUAUGGAGGAGGGAAUGCGAGGCUACGCCCGCUUAGCCCCUACGGGCCUU